GCUCUCUCUUUCGUAAAUGGAUGGAAGAGUAACGCUGCACAUGACUAUUGGCUGCAGCUGAACUUCGCGUGCUGAUUGGCUGAUCAAUACUGAGAUAUAGGGGAACAACGUCAGAUGUUCCAGAAAUCUCCCUGAGAUUGAUCAUUGAGCUUUAUCUCCUGAGCAAUUCUUGAGCAUUUUGAGCACUACAGACUCUUCACUGCACAAUAUCCGACCAUCUAUUCAGAGCACGACCUGCAUUUUUCUCUGCAGCUGAACGCCUGGUUUUGGAUUUUCUCCAAGCAGCAGUUCUUCUGUAUUGUUCCUGCCACCCUUCCUCUUCCCUCCCCUCCCCAACCCCUCACCCACCACAAAAAAAAAAAAAAAAAUAAUAAUAAUAAUAAUAAUAAUAACUUGUUGAUAAUUUGUUCAAACACUACUGUUCUUAUAAAAGUUCAGUUCUUUUGAUACUAGGUUAAUAACUGGUUUAAUAUACUAUUGUUCUUUUCUUUGGUAAAAAAAAAAGUUUGUUUUCUUGUCAAUUAACGUUUUUUUCUUGAGAAUUCUUUGCAGGUUGCAUCGCUUCAGCAGUUCGUAAAGAUGCCUCGCAAAGGUAGGAGAUCCCAGGCUCAGAAAGUUCGUUGGACGAAGUUAGAGCUGACAGGACAGACGAGCGUUAGUAAAGAUGUUGCUCAAGUUUCUGAUGGACAGCAGUAUGAAGAUGGCGACAACACACCUAGAGUUAUAUCCGUGCAGGCGUCUCACUGCCAGAGUGAUGCAAGGUAUGAUGUUUUCUCACGAAACACUCAGUGCACAUGUGUAGCUCUGACAUUCCUUGUGUACCACAGUGAGGGAACUUCGUUCGAACAGCCUGAUCUUGAUAGGGUGCUAGAGGAAGGGGAUGCUCUGUAUGUUGGCAUUAAAAUGCAGCUCAUUGCUGAAGGAAGAUUCAGACAGGAUCUUUUAAGCAUGGCUGAAGUACCUCUGAACAUCUCAACUUCUAACCACAACUACAGCGUCCAAAAGUCAGAAGUUGUGAUGGGGUAUCUAAGAGACAGAGGAACUCAGGAAAUGGAUGCAUGGUGGAUUCCUCUUGAUGAAAGACUUCAGUGUCUAUCAACAGAUGUCAGCCAUGCACUGCUUAUUGUUUCUCCAGAGUGCUUUGCUGUGUUCAGAGACAGAUCUGGAAGAUACGGAUAUUUUGAUUCACAUUCCAGAACUGCUGAAGGUUGGCCACAUCCCACUGGUGAUGGGACGGCAGUUAUGCUAACUUUUACCAACCUGCAUGACAUGACCAACAGAUUACUUGAGCUUUUUUGGAAUCGUGGUCCUCAAGCUUGCUAUGAAUUCAUGGCUGUUUCAUUUGAAAUGGAGCAACAGUCUGAGGAACCAUGCUCAUCAGCAGCAUGUGUUUCAACAUCACAAGUAACUUGUUCUGUGCCAGAAACACAAACAACUGCUGACAUCAGAAUCCCUGAAAAUCUUGUCCUGACAGAUAACAAAAAACAAAAUGUCAUAAAGGUUUUAAAGACAAACAAACAGCGAAGAAGAAAAGAACUGCGUAAAAUUGCGAGUAAAAAGCAAGAAGCAACACUUGAGAAAACUGCUCGACAUUUUGAAGUUCGGGGAAAAAAAAGAGAAUACGAGAGGGAGAAAUAUGCCACCAAUUUGCAUUUUCAAAAGAAGAAAAUGGAGGGUACAAAAAAGAAGUAUGAUCAAGAUCCUUUUGCCAGAUUCAAAAAACUGGAGUGUAUGGCCAAGAAGUACAAAACUGAUGUUGUCUUCCAGAAAAAAAAGAAGGACUACAUGGUGAGGAGGUACAAGACGGAUGAUUUUUUCCAGAGGAAGAUGAAGGAUUACAUGUUCAGGAGGUACAAGACAGAUCAUCUUUUCCAGAAGAAGAUAAAGAACUACAUGGACAGGAGGUACCACACUGAUGCUAUUUUACAGAAGAAGAAGAAGGAAUACAUGGUCAGGAGGUACAAGACCGAUCAUCUUUUCCAGAAGAAGAUGAAGGACUACAUGGUCAGGAGGUACCACACUGAUGCUCUUUUCCAGAAGAAGAUGAAGGACUACAUGGUCAGGAGGUACCACACUGAUGCUCUUUUCCAGAAGAAGAAGAAAGACUACAUGGUCAGGAGGUACCACACUGAUGCUCUUUUCCAGAAGAAGAUGAAGGACUACAUGGCCAGAAGAUAUGCAGGUGAUUCAGAGUUUAGGUCACAUCACAUUCUACGUUGUACUCUCCAGAAGAAACAGAAGUGUUUUACUGAUGCUGGAUUCCACAUUCUUCACAAGUUGAGAUGUGCAUUAAGGAUCAAGAGAAAAUACAGGCCAUACAUUCGCUCCAGCCAGGAUAUUCCCAAUUCUGAUGCGACAAACCAGUCUGUGUCCAACAGCUUGAUUCAGAAGGCCAUAUCUGCAUUUCGGUGUCAAAUUCUGCAUGGUCCAACUUUCAUCUGCACAGUCUGUCACAGGGCUCUUUUUCCAAAUCAGGUUAAGAUGUGUAAUAGAACACAAUAUGUCAAAAAUGUUCAUAUUACAGCCUUUUGCUUAACCGGGAAAUAUGUUCAUGCUUGUGACAGUGCCUGCUCAGUUCCUUGUGCAGUUCCAGAUGAGCGAAGACAGGAGUGGAUCUGCCACACCUGCGACAGCCAUCUGAAGAGAGGAUCCAUGCCUUCUAUUGCAGCGGCAAACAGACUUGAAUUGCCACCCAUCCCUGCAGAACUGCUUGAGCUGAACGUACUUGAACGACAGCUUAUCGCCAAAAUUGUUCCUUUUGCAAAAAUAGUUGCAUUGCCAAAAGGACAGCAGCGAUCAGUGUAUGGCGCUGUUGUGUGUGUGCCCUCUGAGGUGGAGAAAACCGUUAACUGUCUCCCAAGGCCUAACAGUGAGUCCCAGCUCCUACAGGUGAAGCUGAAAAGACACAUCAAGUUCAGAGGAUACCAACACUUCCAUACAGUGAAUAUGCACAAUGUGCUAGCAGCAUUAGCAAAACUGAAAGCGAUGCAUUCAGAAUAUAGGGACAUCUCAAUUAGUGACGCUACCACAUUUCAAUUUCUCCCUGAUGAUGAGCUGCAUGACACAGAGGAGAAACAGGAAGUUGUUGUGUCUGAACAGGAUGAGCAGCAUGUCAGCACAGAAGAAAAGGAUGAGCUCAGGCCUGGCCUCACUCUGGACACAUGCAUGCAGCCACUCGACAUUGGACAGGACUUGCUGUCGUACGGUGAGGGAAUCUUCAGCAUUGCGCCUGCUCAAGGGAAAAAGCCAGUCGGAUUUUUCAAGGUUCCCAAAUUGGAAGCCAUGGCCUUCCCCGUACAGUUUCCCACUGGACAGAACACAAUUGAUGAGGCACGACAAGUUGCAUUAUCACCAAGCAUGUAUUUCAAUGCUAGACUGUUCUGCGUGGAUACUCGUUUUGCCAAAGACCAGAGUUAUCUCUUCUUUGCGCAGUUUGUCACUGAAACGCACAUGGCUAGAAACAGCAUGUCUAUCCAGUUGCGAAAGGGCAAACCCGUUACAAAAGAUGGACGUAGAAUCUCCAACAAGCUUCUUCAGGAUGAUCUUGAGGUCGAAAGACUGGUCCACAGCCGUGACGCAACAAGGUUUAUGCAACCCCUGAGAGGCACUCCAUCUUAUUGGGAGAAAACGUUGAGAGAUCUACAGGCCAUGAUCAGGCAGUUAGGGAAUCCUACUUUUUUUUGCACAUUCAGUGCAGCCGAAAUGCGAUGGCCAGAAGUGAUAACGGCAAUCAAGGCUCAGCAAGGUGAAGAGGUUGCCUUUUCAGAGCUUGACUGGACAACGAAAUGUGAAAUCCUCCGAAGUAACCCCGUCACCGUCAUGCGGAUGUUUGAAAAACGAGUGGAUGCAUUAAUGAAUCAUCUGCUUUUGUCACCUGCUCAACCCAUCGGCGAAGUCGAGGAUUACUUUUAUCGCGUGGAGUUUCAAGCUAGAGGAAGCCCACACAUUCAUCUGCUGGCCUGGGUAAAGGGGGCACCCGAAUUCGAAAAUCAGUCCGACCAAGUAGUGUGUGACUUCAUUGACCGUUACAUAACCUGCCAGUUGCCGGACCCUACCACCGAUCCCGAGCUUCAUCAAAUUGUCACCGAAGUUCAGCUUCACAGCAAGAAGCACUCCAAAUCUUGCAAGAAAGGAAAUGUGUUGUGUAGAUAUGGGUUCCCUAAACUUCCCAUGUCAAGCACCACCAUCACCCGUCCACGACCACAACGUCCUGAGGAAGAUGAAAACGAAGACCAACACCACCAAGAGAGAAAGAAGAGGAGACAGGACGCUCCACAACGUCCUGAGGAAGAUGAAAACGAAGACCAACACCAACAAGAGAGAAAGAAGAGAAGACAGGACGCUGCUCGAAAAGCAAUGAAAGAAGCCAGGAACAAACUCAAGCCAGUGUGGGACUUGUUUAAACGAUCCCCAGGCCUCCUUCGACAACUUGUCAGACUUGCUGACCAAAUGUAA